AUGCUGCAGCCAGCGUCCCGCGCCUCUCGCGCAUCAACCUCCUCCUCCUCCUCCUUCCAGCCCAUGACCAGGCAGAACACCAUGUCCUCUCACGAUGCCCGCUCCAUGCGCCAGUCGAAGCGCAUGUCCGUCACCGCGCUCUACCUGUCCAUGUCCUCAAAGGAGAAGGACCUCGAGAUAUCAGAUGAACUCGCCAGAGCGCAAAAGAGCCUGCGGGAACUAAAGUCGAAGAUAUCUACUCAGUCAAAGAAGAACUUUGUCCUUGAAAAGGACGUCAGGUACCUGGACAGCAGAAUAGCCCUGCUCAUCCAGAAUCGCAUGGCCCUGGAGGAGCAAAACGAGGUAGCAAGUCAACUGGACGAUGCGGCAGAUAUCCAAGAAGGGGCCUUUCCCAACGACGACAAGACGCAGAAAUACGGCAAUCUGCUCUUCCUCCUUCAGUCCGAGCCCCGUCACAUCGCCCACCUGUGCCGUCUAGUCUCCAUGGCCGAGAUCGACUCGCUGCUCCAGACGGUCAUGUUCACCAUCUACGGAAACCAGUACGAGAGCCGCGAAGAGCACCUACUCCUCACCAUGUUUCAGUCCGUGCUCACGUAUCAGUUUGACAAUACCCCCGAAUACUCCUCUCUCCUACGGCAAAACACUCCCGUUUCGCGCAUGAUGACCACGUAUACCCGUCGUGGACCGGGACAGGCAUACUUGAAACAUAUCCUGGCAAGCCAGAUCAACUCCCUCAUAGAACUACACGACAUCGACCUCGAGAUUAACCCGCUCAAAGUCUACGAGGCCAUGGUGAGACAGAUCGAAGCAAGCACUGGAUCCCUGCCCCCGUACCUCGAAAGAGCCGUCACCGCAGAAGUCGCUGCUGAGAACGAACAGGUCCAGGCCAUCAUCGCGCCCAGACUCAAGAUGCUCUCCGAUCUGGCCAACAGCUUCCUCAAGACUAUCAUCGACGGUCUCGAGGAGACUCCCUACGGCAUCAGGUGGAUAUGCAAGCAGAUUCGCAGCUUGUCGAAGCGAAAGUACCCAGACGCUCAGGACCAUGUCAUCUGUACCUUGAUCGGCGGCUUCUUCUUCCUGCGCUUCAUCAAUCCGGCCAUCGUCACCCCGCGAUCGUACAUGCUGAUUGACGGUACUCCAGCGGAGAAACCGCGCCGCACCUUGACGCUGAUCGCAAAGAUGCUGCAGAACCUGGCCAACAAGCCUUCCUACGCCAAAGAACCCUACAUGGCCAAGCUGCAGCCAUUCAUCGAGCAGAACAAAGAUCGAGUGAACCGGUUCCUCCUCGACCUCUGUGAGGUGCAGGACUUUUACGAAAGCCUGGAAAUGGAUAACUACGUCGCCCUGUCCAAGCGCGAUCUCGAACUGCAAAUCACUCUUAACGAAAUAUACGCUACCCACGCCCUCAUCGAAAAACACUGCAAUUCCCUCUCGACAGACCAAAACUCCCACCUCAACGUCCUCUUGCAGGAACUCGGCCCUGCUCCUCCCCAGCUGCCUCGCAAGGAAAACAGGUCCAUCAACCUGCCCCUGUUCAGCAAAUGGGAAGCUCCCAUCGACGACCUCACCUCCGCCCUAGACAUCACCCAGGAAGAAAUCUUCUUCAUGGAAGCCAAAUCCACCUUUGUACAGAUAAUGCGCUCGCUGCCCCACAACAGCUCCGUCACCCGCCGCCCUCUCCGCCUCGAUCGCAUUGCCGAAGCAGCUGCCACCCUUAAAAACGACGCCGUCAUGGUUCGCAAGGGCAUCCGCACAAUGGAACUCCUCAGCCAGCUCCAGGAACUCGGCGUCAUCGACCGGUCGGACGACUUCUCUCUCCUCCGAGACGAGGUCGAGCAGGAACUCGUCCACCUCGGCUCGCUGCGCGAAAAGGUUCUCGAGGAACAGCGUAAACUCGAAGAAGUCUACCGUACCAUUCGCGACCACAACGCCUACCUCGUCAACCAGCUGGAGACGUACAAGUCGUAUCUGCAUAACGUCCGCAGCCAGAGCGAAGGGAAGCAGCGCAAGACGCAGAAGCACCAGGAACUAGGGCCGUACAAAUUUACACACCAGCAGCUGGAGAAGGAGGGGGUCAUUAGACGCAGUAAUGUGCCCGAAAACAGGCGGGCUAAUAUCUACUUUAUGUUCAAGAGUCCUCUCCCGGGUACUUUUGUCAUCAGUCUACACUACAAAGGACGUGCCCGUGGCCUCCUUGAAUUGGAUCUAAAGCUUGACGACUUGCUAGAGAUGCAGAAAGACAACCAGGAAGAUCUAGACUUGGAAUAUGUCCAGUUUAACGUCUCAAGAGUCCUGGCACUGCUCAAUAAACGGUUUGCCAGGAAGAAGGGAUGGUAA